AUGUUCCGUCGGCCAGAUAUCCCUCGUAACGCAUUCGCUAUUAUGCCACUGGAUCGCCAGCGGGCUCUUCUCAGGAAGCAGGCGAGAGAGAUGACGACCACAAGAUCUGUGUCCGAGUUCCUGGAGGGCAAGAUUCGAGACUACCGAAUGGAUCUCGAUUACAUCUCUUGUGCUCACGAUGGUCUUCUUGAAGUCCUCGACAAUGAAAAGAUAACCACCUCGGAAUUUAUCACCGCGUUAAAACCACUCAUGACAUCCGCCCGACGUACUUCUGAUCACUUGAAGUUCCUUUCGAAUCAACGCAAAGCCAUACAAGAUGAUCUCGAAGAGCUACCGCCCGUGAAGCGUCAGCGACAAGGAGAACUUGACGUCGAAUUUCUGGAAAGAGCAUAUACCGCAACUAUUUGCCCAAAGGUGAUGUCCGCCGGCGCGAAGGUACCGAAAGAGAGGGAUGAGUAUGGGCGAAGCUUCAAUGCCUCUAACUUCAAGAGAGACGUUUGUUUAUAUUAUGAUAUCCCUAAGGAUGAAUUUGAGGGACACUGCCACGUGAUUGGAUCCACUGAUGCCAAAUCGAUCAAAGCAGCCCACCUUGUGCCAAAGAGCCUUCGAGGAGAUGAGAUUGCUCACCUAUUUGGGGUGGGGGCCAUUGUAUCUUCUGAUCCGAGGAAUGCCCUGUCACUUCACUACAAGGUCGAAGAAGCCCUUGAUAGCGGCAAGAUAGUCAUCGUGCCUAUCCUCGAAGACGAGGAUGUCACGACACCUUCGCGUUGGAAGUGUGUGUUAGCCCACGAAGCAAUGCGACACACAACAGUGAUGAAGCACUUUACAAAGGAAGACAGCGCCAAGGCGACAUGCACUACAUGGGAUGACCUGGACGGAAAAGAAUUAAAGUUUCUUAGCGAUGCACGGCCAGCUAAGAGGUUCCUAUAUUUCCGAUUCAUUAUUACCUACAUACACUGCAAGAAGGAAGGCAAUCUCAACUUUACCAAAAAAGUUGAAAACAUCAGACUGUUCUGGCCAACACCCGGCGAAUAUCUCUGCAAGUCUAUGUUAAAGACAUUGUCGAGAAGUAUCUCCGGCCACAAGCUACCAGACUGUUUGGUGCAGGAAAGAACCUUUGAGGAUUUCGAAAGCACUCCUGGGACUGAUGAGGCUACGAGCGGGAUCAUUGUGGCAGAGGAUAUUUAUCAGGCCAUGAUUGUGUCAAUCAAAGAACCUCCAGGUGAUAAUGAUGAAGAGGAGGAGGAGGCCUCUGACUCAGACUUAGACGAGCCGGCCUUUAUGGACUGA